GGCACUAUCCUUGAACCAGUGCGUAACUUGAAUGAAGUCCUCGGUAAAAAGGGGGACGCGACUGGAGUACGGUUUGCUUCCAAGGCAAAGAACGAUGGACAGAGGUCCAAAAGUGCCAGCCCGCGUGACACAAAGGCCAGUGCUCUACGAAAACAGGCAGUACUCGAAAAGGCAGCGGCUUCCUCCGGAAAGCCAAUAGGGGUAAGAUAUUUUUUAUUAACUUAAAGCUUCGGAACGUUGACGUCGCGGACAUCAUUAAUUCGUUGUUUUUUUGUUGUUUUUUUAAACUAGAAGAGAACUGGAGCCGAUAGGUGUCCCGCAAUUGUUUCGGGGAUCUUUGCUGGGGACGCACCGAUCAGCUAUUGGCCUAGCCUGAGAAAACAGCCGCGACAUUCCGCCGCGCCAACACUGUUUUCCCCGCGAGAUGACGUCUAAGAUACGAGCGUAGAAAUUCCAUACUGGUGACAUGUCACUACCUAAAUCUGGGAAGUGCUUCUGAUUGGUCGUGGCGCGAGGGAAACUUGCUGCAGCCAAUCAAACGCACUACCCAGAUCUAGGUAGUGAAGCGUCAUUAUUAUAGAAUUUCUGCGCUCGUUUCUCAGACAUCGUUUCGCAGGGUAACCAGUGAUGGCGUCGCGAAAUGACAGCUGCAUAGUAACACUCCCAGAAGUCUUUGCGAAAGUUUACUCGGCCCAGUCUCCUUCUCUUUUGUCAAGUUGCGAAUAACAACCGCAAGUUUUCUGUUUCACUUGUAGAAACUCUUCCAUCUAACUUAACGGGUUUGAAAGGUUUUGAUUUAUAAGCUAGUGUCAAAUCAUAAUAGAUCGACACUCUCCAGCAGCUACCUUGAUACACUGUGCAAACGACUGCAACAAAUGUUCUAAAAAAAGUAAAAUGUUCCCGUGCAGUCGAGACUUGUUUUAUUUUGUUUUUAUUUUUUUCAUUUUUUUUCUCAGUAGCUAUCGAACUUUGUUUUGCAGGAAAAAUGUAGAGUAUCUCCAAAAGUAAUUUGUGGCCGCACGUCCUUUAAGAAGGACGCCAAGGAAAAACAAGUGCGGAGUACGCAUGCGCCAGAAGAACUGAAGGACGAAGUCAAGUGAGUCAAUAUUUCUUUUGUUCAUAAGUUGAAUGAUCUUCCCGAGACCUGGAGGCUAUCUAUUAUGGUGAGAAAAUAGAAGGCGAACCGUCGUUUACCUGCUUUUGUCUCUCUCACGAGAUGCACCUGGGUUUUUGGAAGAUCAGGGUUUACUGAGGUUCAUUUUUGACAAACGCAUUCGAGCAAAAAUCAUUACCGUAUUUAUCCGAUUAACCGCCCUGGGCGCUUAUUAAAUUUUUGGACCUUGAGAGUAGGCGCUUAUUCGAGGUGGGCGCUUAUUCGAGGCUGGGCGCUUAUUAUAUUUUCACCAUUUUCAGCAAAUGAAGUAUGUUUAUUUUGCAACAAAACAAUAAAUGCUAAUAACAAAACGCGAAGAAGUAACAAAGCAAGGUUUCUGUAAAAUACUCUGAAGAAAACUCCGUCCUCGGGGAAGUCUCUCAUUGGAACUUAUUCACUUAAGUGGGUGGGUUGGGGGUGAGCGCUUAUUUGAGUCUGAUUGGGAGGAGGAGGGGUGGGCGCUUAUUCGAGGCUGAGAGCUUAUUAACUAUUUCUGCCUUUAGGAUGGGCGCUUAUUCGAGGUGGGCGCUAAUUCGAGGUUGGGCGCUUAUUCGAAUAAAUACGGUAUUUCUAUUCCUGAUGAUAAGAAAACUGUUACGGAGACAGUUUCAGUCAAAGGGCCAUAGAGAUUACUAAUUAUGGCCUGAGUGUGGCACACGUCGAAAGGGUGGGGGAGGAAACGAAAAACUAGAGGGUGGAGGAGAGGGAAGCAUUUUUCUAUCCCUCUCUUCCCCUUGUUACUAAGGCCCAGGCUGAAUUCUUGUUUUAUUUCUCUGAAUAUUCUUAGAUUAUAGCCCAUGAAAUUCCAUUUAAGAAUGUAUUGGGUAUCAACUACAAGCGUUUAGAUCGAUAGAUAGAUUACUGACUUGUGUAUUAAUAUUUGGCAAGGAAGUUGCAUUUUGUUUGAGACAAUACUGUAAUUCAUGUUUAAGGUGUGAUACAGUGCAGGUGGAUAACGAAUCCGUCGCCUUAAAACUCACCAAAGAUCAAGAAGUUACAGUGAGCUAUUCUGAUGAAAGUUUUGAGGGGGAGUCUUCUUCUACGACGGAGGAAACAACAUCGAGCAUUGAAUCAGUUAAUACAAGUGUGGACUGCUUUGAAAGAAGCACGACUGUUAACAAGAACGGGCAAGUGGAGGAAAUCCAAGAGCGGCAAUGUGAAAGAGUAAGUGUGGAUAAACAAGCUAGUGACCUUGAGGAAAAGCAGGUUCCUUGUGAGAGCCCAGCAGAAGUCUCUAGCUUGGUGGAUGAAAGCUCAGCCGAACAGUUGACUGGCAAAGUUGUUGAAAAGCGACUCUCGGAGCAAGCAAAUUUGACGGCUGAUGAGGAUGGUGAUCAUACCAGCGACCCUGAAGAGCAGUCCAUGUUCUGCGGGGAAUCCACCGCUGGGAUUCAGUUAAAGAAAAAGCAGAGCAUCUGGAAAUUCUUUGAAAACGAUGAUGAUCAAGACAACGCGCUCGAUAAUAUUAGAGUUCAUGUGCCAAAGAAUAAUAAAGACCAAGAACAAGAUGAUAAAUCUGAAGAAAUGUCAAAAUCUGUGGAUGAAUCACAGCGGCCUUCUGAAAUCAACGAUGGUGAUGACAAAGAAACUGAAAAACGUACGAUGGCAGAUGGUAUCUUAGAAGGGAAUGAGGUGUCAUGGUCUUUAUCUGCUAGUGAUGAUGAGAAAUUUGAACAACAAAAGGAACAGUUCAAACGCCGCAUUCAGCAGCAACUCCGUGAACUGGAAAAGGAACACUCUUUGAUGUUAGAGGAGUUGACUCAGGCUUCAAACCUAGUGAGAUAUUUUGAAAGAGAUGAUGCAAUUGUGGAGGAAGAGGGAUUCGAGAAUCUAUUGAAAGAGAGGGAUGAGACAUUGGAGACGAAUAAACUACUAUUUAAUUGGGACGAAAAUCAACCUGAAUUGGGAAACGAAAAGGUUCAAGAUCCCAGUAAGAUAGCCUCGAGAGUAUUAGUGACACGUCCUCAAGAAGAGAGAUUUAACUUGACUAAAAUUGAGGGAAAAUUAACAGAUGAGGAUGAACUGAAUCUGAUUCAGCAGCAAAAAGAGGAAAACAGAGAUCGGGAGGACUCAAGACAUCAACUGAUGGACGACGAUACAAAGCUGAACGAGGACUCACUUCAUGAUGUUGGUGAAAAUUCAGCUGAUAAAUUAAAAGGCGAACUUAUACUGAUUCAAAAAGAGUUUAAGGAAACAGUCAGCACUUUAGCUCAGAGAAACGCUGAAUUAAUUAAGGCUCGAGGUUUGCUUUGCAAAGGAGAUGAACUUCUGUAUGAGUUCAGGCAGAGUUUAACUGAGAUGCAGCAAGAACUGGAAGAAACAAAGAAGGCUUUGACUGCGAAGGAUGAAGCGUUGGAAUCUGCUUCAGCUUAUGCGAAUUAUGAAGAUAGCGUCUUGAAGAAAAAGCUGGCCAAAGUCGUAGUAGAUGUGAAGAGAGUGGUUAAUCUUCAAGCUAGGCUACAAAGCUUGCUUCAGGAAAAAGACAGAAAUAUUAAAGGCAAAGACAUCUUUAUUGCUCAGUUAAAACAAAAUUUGAAGCAAUUUGAUACCUAUGUAAAGGAAAAUGAUAAUGACCUUGGGGACUUCAAAACCACUUUGUUGGAGUUAAAGAGAAAUCUGGAACUGAGUCGCUCCUCUUUAAGGGAAAAAGGCAAAAUAAUUGAAGAGCUGGAAUCGUCCACUAAUGCAUUAAAGCAGGAGUUGGAUAUAAAGAAUUUAUCUUUGACAGAGAAAGAUGAUAAAAUUCAACAGCUAGAAUUUUCGAUCGCCCAAAAUAAGAAAGACUUGGAACAGAGCAGCUCUUCCUUAACGGAAAAGAACAACCAAAUUAAAGAUUUGGAUUCAUCCGUUGAGAAGCUAAAGGAAUUUGUGGAGUUAACCAACAUUUCCUUGAAUGAAAGAAGCAAUGAACUGCAACAAAUGAAAAGUUAUGUUGAAGAGAAAGAAAGAGAGCUAGAUAUCUCAAACGGAAAGAGUCUCUUGCUUCUAGAAGAAAACAGCUGCCUUAAAAACGAAUCAGCAAUGAUGAAAACUCAGCUCUACCAAAGUGAAGAACAAAUUAAUGAUCUCAAAAAGGUGACUUUGACAAAAAAUUCAGAGUUAAGAGAGGUGAAUAGGGAGUUAGAAAAACUGAGGUACCUGCAGCAGGAAAAGGAACAGAGGAUUGAUUUUCUACAACGGUCCCUUGCCUCGAAAGAGCAUGACAAUGAUAUUUUGACAGACAAUAUGAAAAAGAGGUUCUUUGAAAUCAGAAGUCUAAAGGGCACGCUUGAUGAGGCAAAAAAUGAAAGGCGGAAGUUCUCAGAACUUUUUAAUCUUCAGACUAGCUAUUAUGAGACGAAAAUCAAGCGGCUGAAUUUGGAAGUAGAUUGCAAUAAUAUCUUGCUUGGAAAGAAGGAAAGGGCACUUGAAACAGCACACCUUGGAAUUCAAGCCAAAGAGGGACAGUUAGACAUGCUAAAAGAACGUUUGUUCAAACAGGAGAUGAGGUUUGAGCUGUACAAAAAGAUUUCAACCGAGGCAGAGUACAAACUACUACAGGAAAAGCGAACGCUAGAGAAAAGUUUGAAAGAAAUGGAAACAGGUGUGUGCGAAAAGAGUAACCAGAAAAUGGAGGUAAAGAGUUUCCCAAAUGCCAGAAAAAGUGAUCUCAAGGCAAUUGAACAACAGCAUUCGAAUGAAAGCAAUCGAAUGGAAGUAAAUUAUAGUUACAAUGACGAGAUGGAAGAUAAAGACGUCGAAGAACAAACUCAUGCGACAGCGGCUGAAAGUUUGGCGCAAAUGGAAACUAAUAUCGCAGCAUUGAAGAAAGAACUGAAAAGAAGUCGGGAAAAUAAUGCCACGCUUUCGAAGAGCAACAAAGAGCUAAAAGAGAAAGUCAAUAAGCUGCAAAAAGAGACAGUUGAUGAAGAAAAGAGGUUAAAUGAGACAUUAGACAAGGUAAAUAAGAGAGAUGCUGAAAUUUCUCGGCUAAAUGGAUUGUUGCAGAGAUUGGAUCAAAACAUGGUGUCUGAGAAUGAUAAUGAAAAGAGGAUGGAGCAGGCAAGGAUCAAAGAGACAGAGGAUACCAUAGAGGAACCUAAGGUAUUCGAAAAAACAGAAGGUCUUUCACGAGAAUCGAGUGGACAGAAUGAUAACAAGCAGGAAAAUGCCGAACCACCGGAUGUGGCAGUUGAUAUUAGUAUGAAGUGUGCCGUGUCUCUGUCGCAGGUGCCAGUGGACUGCUCGCAGAAAUUCCAUGACUCACGAAUUGUAAAUGAGGAUGGCUUACAGCAUGAGGCUGAUCCAGUUGUGCUGUUCGAUGGUAAAAUUCAAGAAACAAUUGAUGCAGAAGGAGUAGAAAGUGAUGAUCGCAGAAAGGAUGUGGCUGAACUGCAGGACUCAUGGGACACUACCGGAGAAAUGGGCGAGCUGGAAAUCAGAGAAAAUGGCUUUCAAAAAAUGAAUAACUCGGCGCAGCCUGCAAAGAUUGAUGAACUGCACGACAGUGCUGAACAUGAAGUUUUAGUAAAUGACCUCAUUCACGAUCUGCCCUACGUAAUAGAGGCACAGAGCGCUUCACAAGACACAAAUGAUGUGCAAAUGACACAACAUGUACAAGAUUUAGUUGAAACACGUUGCCGAGUAACCCAGGUAGCCGAUGGAAUGCAGGACAUCACUGAACCAGAGAUGUUAGUCAACAGCCUCGUUAAGGGUGUGGCUAACCCACAAGUAGCAGGGGUAUCCAGUCAAGAUACAGAUGACUCAAAAAUGACAGAUCAUGUCCAAAAAGUAGCGGGUUUUGAGUCACUACUGCCAGUUGAUGAACCACAAAGUCGGGAUGAUCUUCCACUGGUACGUUGA